GCUCCAACCACACUUGUAAAGGCUCGCCAUGGUGCGCCUUAUCACGCAUAACCUCCUCGCCUGCCACGUCAAAGGCUGCACGACCAACAACUUUCCUCUCCAAUUCCAAGAUGUGCAGAUAGAGCUCCAAGAGGCCGAGUUUAACCCUGAUUUCGUGCGCAACCUCCUGCCGAGGCUGGAGUGGGGCGCGUUAGUGGAUGCUGCUAAACAGGUGGGCGAUACGUCGCUGCCCCCGGAACAACCAGAGAUGACAGACGACGAUGUCCUUCAAAAACUACACCACGUAUUGCUCGAGAUUCACAUCACCGAAGGUGCGAUGGUCUGCUCGAAUUGUAAACAUAUCUACCCCAUCUCGAACGGGAUUCCAAACAUGCUUUUAUCUGAACAUGAGAUCGGGUGAGAAGGGCGAGGGCGACGAGUGGUAGCCACUUUUCUUCCACUUUCUUCCUUCUUUCUUUGUUCUACCUCCCCAUAUACUGGUGGCUUACUUUGGGAAAAUGCUAAGCUCGAGAAUGCGAUGCGAUACGACUGGGAUUAUAGAAAAAAAUAAAUCAAACCUCUUGAACGCCC